AUGGAUCCUGACCUAGAGAUCAUGAAGGAGCUGCCAAGACAGACGACGGUGGAAGAAAAGUCCCAGCAGACACAAGAAUCUAUCUACAAUAUCCGCCCAUGGAAUAACAAUCACUUGGAUCGCGCCAUUAGUACAGUGAGUACUAUCGGCGAGGAUGAUGACCCAGGCUUGCGCAGACCUACAGACUUCAAGCAAAAGCAGGAUUUCUCCGGGAAAAUGCUUCUUUGGCUCGCAUACCAGUCGAUCGGUGUCAUCUACGGAGAUAUUGGAACCAGCCCGCUUUAUGUCUAUUCGUCUACAUUCACUGAACCGCCUUCACGCCAAGAUCUUAUCGGAGUACUUUCCAUUAUUAUUUGGAGUAUUACUAUUAUGGUGACCGUGAAAUACAUCUUCAUAAUCCUUCACGCGGAUAAUGAUGGAGAGGGUGGUACAUUCAGUACAUAUUCUCUGCUCAGUCGUUAUAUGAAUAUAACUCAUCGAGAUCCUCGAGAGGCAUCCCUUGUGCAGAUGAAGAGACACUUGUCGAUUGAUCUCGAGCGCUCCAGCAGACUUGCUCGACACAGGCUGGAAACAAGCAAGUUCGCGAAGCGCCUACUAAAAGUUGUAGGAGUACUGGCCGUUACAAUGGUUCUUGCAGAUGGCCUACUCACUCCCGCUCAAUCUGUGCUAGGUGCCGUCCAGGGAAUUGAAGUUGUUUCUCCGAACAUUUCCAAAGGUACUGUUAUUGGCGUCACGGAUGCUAUCCUGGUCAUCUUGUUCUUGCUACAGCCACUUGGUAUCACGCGGGUUACGUUCGCCUUUGCCCCAAUCGUCAUCAUUUGGCUUGGUUUCAAUGCUGCAUUCGGAAUCUAUAAUCUUGCUAAAUACGAUGCCGGAGUUUUUGUCGCUUUCAACCCCGGCUACGCUUUCGAAUUUCUGAUUCGACAUGGAGAAUCAGGAUGGAGGAUGCUCAGUGGUACUUUACUUGCCUUCACCGGAGUCGAAGCUCUAUUUGCCGACCUUGGUGCUUUUAGUCGUCGGGCUAUCCAGAUAAGUUGGCUAUGCUACACAUUUCCUUGCCUGCUUCUGGCGUACAUCGGGCAGGCUGCAUACAUCAGUGUGCAUCCAGAGGCAUACUCGAACCCAUUCUAUAACGCAGCUCCUCCAGGCACCAUAUAUCCUGCGCUUGUAAUUGCUAUUCUAGCAGCUAUUGUUGCAUCGCAAGCAAUUAUCACCGCCACAUUCCAGCUCCUAGCACAAGUGAUGAAGCUCUCAUACCUUCCGCAAUUUAAGGUGGUUCAUACAUCCGAUAUAUUCCAUGGUCAGCUUUAUAUACCUCUUGCGAACUGGCUAUUGAUGAUCGGGACAAUACUUGUGGCAUCCAUCUAUAACAACACUACAUCUCUUGGGAAUGCAUACGGAGUGUGUGUCAUCUUUGUGACCUUCUUUGACACUUGCAUGGUUGCAAUGGUAGCAAUGUUCGUAUGGCGCAAGAGUCCUUACCUUGUGUUCCUGCCCUGGCUCAUAAUUGCUUGCUUUGACGGAGCAUACCUUUCAUCGGCGCUAACAAAAGUCCCAACUGGUGCAUGGUUCACUCUCGCCGUAGCGACUGUUCUUGCCUUGCUCUUCCUCCUCUGGCGAUUCGGAAAGGAGCAGCAAUGGUUCGCUGAAGCAGAAGAUCGCUUCCCCACUUCGCACUUUGUGACCAAGGAUCAGGACGGUAGCAUUCGCCUUACAGAUAGGUUCGACGGUGCACCUUUGAGCACCACUCAGGGCGUAGGGAUAUUCUUCGACAAAGCUGGAGAGACCACGCCCAUUGUCUUUAGCCAAUUUAUCCUAAAACUCACCACAGUGUUUGAGACGAUCAUCUUCUUCCAUCUGCGGCCGCUCGAAACUCCGUCAGUCCCUAUCGAUGACCGCUACACUGUUUCAAAACUUGCGAUUCCGAAUUGCUACCGUCUGGUUGUCCGCUACGGCUACAAUGACGAGAUCAUCUCUCCGGAUCUCGCUAGCACCAUCACUGAUCAAGUCCGCAAAUACUUAAUUGAAAACAAAUUCACUACUACACCAACUGAAGCGAGGACAAGCAUUAGCCAGUUCAGUCGGGACAUAGGCCAAGAUACGACGAGUGCUGAAGAGUCCCGGACCAUCACCAGCCGAGGGAAACAGAUCGAUCCAGUGGCACUGCUGGAGAAGGCCUGUGCACAUAACGUACUCUACAUCACUGGCAAGGAGCAGAUGAGAGUUAAAAGGGGUACAAACAUCUUCCGACGAUUUGUGCUGGAGAUCUUCCUAUGGAUUCGGGACAAUACGCGGGCGAAAAUAGCUUCGUUGGGACUGGGAGCUGAGAAGGUGAUUGAGGUGGGGUUCUUGAAGGAUAUAUGA